AUGUCAACGUGGGGUGAUUACUUCCGGGUCACCACCUAUGGUGAAUCCCACUGCCGCUCCGUCGGCUGUAUUGUCGAUGGAUGCCCCCCGGGCAUGGAGCUCACUGAAGACGAUAUCCAACCCCAAAUGACCCGCCGCCGCCCCGGCCAGAGUGCGCUCACAACCCCGCGCAACGAGAAAGACAGAGUCGAGAUUCAAUCAGGAACCGAGUUUGGUGUCACCCUGGGCACUCCUAUUGGCAUGGUUGUGCGCAACGAGGACCAGCGCCCCAAGGACUACGGCAACAAGACGAUGGACAUGUACCCCCGCCCGAGUCAUGCGGACUUCACUUAUCUUGAGAAGUACGGCGUCAAGGCCAGCAGUGGUGGUGGACGAAGCAGUGCCCGCGAGACAAUUGGCCGUGUCGCCGCCGGAGCCAUCGCCGAAAAGUACCUGCGCCUCUCGCACGGCGUCGAAAUCGUUGCCUUCACCACCUCCGUCGGCAACGAGCACCUCUUCCCACCCACAGCCGAGCAUCCCAGCCCCGCAACAAACCCCGCCUUCCUCGAUCUGAUUGAAAAGAUCGACCGCGAGACCGUCGACGCGCACGCCCCCACCCGCUGCCCAGACGAAGCCGCUGCGGCGCGCAUGACAAAGGUCAUUGAGCACUUCCGCGAUAACCACGAUAGCAUCGGCGGGACCGUCACCUGCGUGAUCCGCAACGUCCCCGUUGGCCUCGGCGAGCCCUGCUUCGACAAGCUUGAGGCGCAGCUCGCCCACGCCAUGCUGAGCAUCCCCGCAACCAAGGGCUUCGAAAUCGGCUCUGGCUUCGGCGGCUGCGAGGUUCCCGGCUCCAUCCACAACGACCCCUUCGUGGCCUCCGAGGUGCCCACCCAGCUCGGAUCGCAGAACACAACGAAGCAGCGCCUCGUCACUAAGACCAACAACUCCGGUGGUAUCCAGGGUGGUAUCUCCAACGGCGCGUCCAUUUACUUCCGCGUUGCGUUCAAACCUCCCGCUACUAUUGGUCAGGCUCAGCAGACGGCCACCUACGACUUUGGCGAGGGUGUUCUAGAAGCCAAGGGUCGCCACGACCCCUGCGUUGUGCCCCGUGCUGUCCCCAUCGUUGAGGCCAUGUCUGCUCUUGUCAUCAUGGACUCCCUGAUGGCUCAGUACGCGCGCGAGAGCGCAAAGACCCUGCUUCCGCCGUUACCCAAGACAAUCCCUACCCGCCCUACGACGGGGACGAACUAG